CACCCCCUCCCCCGGGUCUCCUCUCCUCUCCACUCCACCGCCGCUGUCCCAUUUGAUUUCCAUUCCCGUCUCCCCCCUCCUCUCGCCCCAGUCAAAAUCCACCUCCUCUCGCUCUCCACGCCGCCCGCUUCCUCCCCCCCUCCCCGCCUCGCCUCGCCUCGCCCGGCCGCUCAAUCUCCUCCGCCCUGGCUUGGUUUUGGAAGUAGCAGCAGUCAAUACUCCCGUCGUCGCCUCCGUCCAUCGGCUCGAGAUCUCCCGGGUUCAGAUUGGUAAGCUUUCCUCGCGACAUGGAGGAUGGGGACAAGGAUGUGUUAAAAACUUCUGUCAGUGAAGAGUCCCCUAAUCCUGGAGAAAAGGGUGAAGUUGAAGGGGAUUUGUCAAAGAAAACAGAAAUGUUGAAUGUAAAAGAAACAGUAAAUUCAACGAGUGAGAAUUCAAGCGAUGAGGUAGAAGGGAAAGAUAAUCCAGAAAAGGGUCUCAAUGAGCAGAUGGAUAAAAGUAGAAGCCCUGAUGCCAUGGAACCUAUAGAUUCAGACCAUACUGUCAAAGAGAUUCUUGAAGAAGAAAAAUCCGAAGAUCCAGUUUUUGAUGGAACUGAGAUUCCUGAAAUGGAACAGUUGAGGCGUUCUUCUGAUCAGUCUGUGGAGCUUGAUCCAAAAGGUCAGCAAGGGUCUGUGAUCAAUGAAAGAGCUGCUGCAAUCGGGAAUUUUGUCAAGGAAAAAGGAGCCAUUGCAGUGUCAACAUUUAUACGCCGCCUAUCUGGCAGAAAGGAUGAGAAUGAUCUUCCUGUUGAAGGUGACAAGAAUGAUGGUUCAGCAAGUGGCAAUGGUGAGAAGACCGUCUCAGAUUCUGAAAUUAAACCAAAAGAGGUACAGAAGAAAUCCGAGGAAAGAAGCACAUGGAAUCCACUGAACUUGAUUAAAGUUGGAGGAGAUAUUGUUACUUCUACAACUGGGAUAGCUGUGGAUGCAAAUGUGCCUGGUUUGACAGAGCAACCAAUAGCAAAAGGGCAGAUUAUCGUAUACACAAAACUGGGAUGUGAAGAUUGCAAAAUGGUUCGGUUGUUCAUGCAUCAGCAAAGACUCAAGUAUGUUGAGAUUAACAUUGAUAUAUUCCCUAGUAGGAAGUUGGAGUUGGAAAAGAAUACUGGGUCAUCCAUAGUACCAAAAGUGUAUUUCAAUGACCUGCUGAUCGGAGGCUUAACUGAAUUGAAGAAAAUGGAGGAGUCUGGCAUACUCGAUGAGAAAACUGGUGUUCUUCUCAAUGAUGAGCCCUCAUCUGCUGCUCCUUUGCCUCCUUUACCUGGAGAAGAUGAUGAAUCUGGAUGUGGGAAAAUGGAUGAGUUGGCAACCAUCGUCAGAAAAAUGAGAGAGUCGAUUACUCCGAAGGAUAGGUUUUACAAAAUGAGAAGAUUUAGUAACUGCUUUCCUGGUAGUGAGGCUGUUGAUUUUAUAUCAGAAGAUCAGUAUUUGGAGAGAGAUGAGGCAGUGGAAUUUGUAAGAAAGCUUGCAAGCAAACACUUCUUUCGUCAUGUUCUAGAUGAAAAUGUCUUUGAAGAUGGAAAUCAGCCGUAUCGUUUCCUAGAUCAUGAUCCUGUUAUUAUGACACAGUGUUACAACAUCCCCAGGGGCAUCAUUGAUGUUGCACCAAAACCUAUGGUGGAAAUCGCAUCAAGGUUGAGAAAGUUGUCUUGUGCCAUUUUCGAGGCUUAUGUAUCUGAAGAUGGUAGACAUGUUGACUACAGAAGCAUCCAGGCUUGUGAGGAAUUUAAAAGGUAUAUUAGAACAACUGAGGAGCUUCAGAGGGUGGAAACUAGUGACCUGUCACGUGAAGAAAAGCUUGCUUUCUUCAUAAAUCUGUACAAUAUGAUGGCUAUCCACGCGUUAGUGACAUGUGGCCAUCCUGCUGGACCAUUGGACAGGAAAAAGUUCUUUGGAGAUUUUAAGUAUGUCAUUGGUGGAUGUGCCUAUUCACUGUCAGCUAUUGAAAAUGGCAUUCUACGUGGCAACCAAAGGCCACCAUACAAUCUUGUGAAACCUUUUGGACAGAAAGACCAAAGAUCCAAGGUGGCCCUAUCAUACCCUGAACCUCUUGUUCACUUUGCUUUGGUAUGUGGUACCAAAUCUGGACCUGCACUUCGGUGUUACUCGCCGGGAAAUAUUGAUAAAGAGUUAAUGGAAGCUGCACGAGAUUUUGUAAGGAAUGGAGGACUGAUUGUUGAUCCUGAAGCAAAGGUUGCAUCUGUAAGCAAGAUCUUGCGAUGGUACAACACAGACUUUGGUAAGAAUGAGACAGAAGUGCUGAAGCAUGCAGCAAAUUAUCUCGAGCCUGCAGCAUCGGAGCAAUUCUUGGAGCUGCUUGCAAACACUCAACUGAAGGUCUCGUAUCAGCCUUACGACUGGAGCUUGAACAUUUAGCUGCAGCCAGGAUUAUACUUUUUUUUCCCCUUAUAGCUAGAAUACCUGUUGCCCAAAGAUUUGUGGAAGGACGCUACCUGUGUACCAAUUUACCUUUUUGCGAGGUCAGGUGCACUAAAGAAUUUUCAUGUAUUAUGAGUUUGUGGCAAACUGGAUGGCCGCCAAUCAACCAUGUUCCCUUCAUUUGACUAAAUGGCUAAACGAGCGCCUUCCAUGUUUAUGAUCGUA